AUGGCGUCCGCCCCUGAUCUCCUUCAGCGGCUGACUGCUCGUCUUCGUGAUGAGUUCGCCCUCAAGGACUUGGGGCCCCUGCACUACUUCCUCGGCAUCGAGGUGGUCCGACGGCCUGAUGGCUUCUUUCUGCAUCAGCAGAAGUACGCCCACGAGCUCCUGGAGCGUGCCGGUAUGCUUAACUGUAAGCCGGCGCCCACCCCCGUCGACACGAAGGCGAAGGUCUCUGCUCUGGAGGGGUCUCUCGCGUCCGAUGGAGCGUUCUAUCGCUCCAUCGUCGGUGCUUUACAGUACUUGACGUUGACCCGACCCGACCUGCAGUACGCUGUCCAGCUGGUGUGCCUCCACAUGCACGCUCCGCGUGACUCUCACUGGACCUUGGUGAAGCGUAUUCUCCAUUAUAUAUGCGGCAGCAUGUCCUUGGGACUCACCCUGACGGCCUCCGCCUCCACCGACCUUGUGGCCUACUCGGAUGCCGACUGGGCUGGCUGCCCUGACACUCGACGCUCUAUGUCAGGCUACUGCGUCUACCUUGGGCCCUCGUUGAUCUCUUGGUCAUCGAAGCGGCAGCCCACGGUCUCCCGCUCCAGCGCCGAGGCAGAGUAUCGCGCCGUGGCUAAUGCCGUAGCCGAAUGCUCUUGGAUACGUCAGCUGCUCCAGGAGUUGCUUUGUGAUGUUCACAAGGCCACUCUUGUCUACUGCGAUAACGUCAGCACGGUCUACCUCUUCGCCAACCCGGUGCACCAUAGACGCACGAAGCAUAUUGAACUCGAUAUUCACUUUGUGCGCGAGCUUGUUGCCCUUGGUCGUGUUCGGGUUCUUCACGUGCCGACGACGCAACAGUUUGCUGAUGUGAUGACUAAGGGAUUGCCUACUCCCGUCUUUGAGGAGUUUCGGUCCAUUGCUGCUAUUCCAUGCUCAGGCACAACAUUCUCACACUAA